AUGGGAGAGGGUGGAGGGCGUCUUGCCGACGGAUUUGUCGUCACCGCGGCGGUCAAGACAUCCCUCGUCUCUCGUCUGCAGAACGUCCACUCUUUGGAGACUUGGGCAUUCGGGGACAGCGUGCUAGACCUCGGGAUGCUGGCCACCUCAGAUCGGGCCAUCGUCGUGGUAGGUGAUGCCGAGCAUCGGAGUAGUUCCAUGGAGGCAGCCUUGGAAAUGGCACUCGACAAUGGCAGUUUCCAAGGUAAGCAUGUGUGUCAGGUCGUCAUGGCGAGCGGCGCCCCACCUAGACUGAACGCGACCAAACUGCCGGUAACCAUUUUGACAAACCCGGACUUCAUGCAGGCAAUCCUCUCGCGUCGGGACAACGGCACUUGCGUCGAUGUCUGUGAUCUGGAAAUGACCAACGAGAAGGCAGCCAAAAUCCUCAUGACGCCAACACGCGAUGCAUCACCCACAGUUUUGGUACCCGUCAUUGUCGGUGUGGAAGAGUAUCAGAUCCCGCAUGUGCAGGGCAAUUUCAUCGCUGGCCACCACUUGCUCGACGAGUUGCGCACCGUCGUUGUUGCACUGAUGCGAGGCAGUGAGCCCAUGGCCUUGGGCGUCAACGAUGCGUUCCCCCUCGCUGCCCUCCGCCCUGCCAAUCACCCCGAGGAUAUCACGGAGAAGCAUCUGCAGAUGAUGAGGACAAUCAUCCUGGUUGAUUCGGUGGUCAACAGCGGAAGGGUCGUUCAGCCGCAGGUGGUCGACAAGAUCAAGUCAAGUUGGGUGUCGUUGAAAUAUCGCAGCAUUCUGACAUUGAGUCUGAUUGCUCUGAGACUGUGA